CCUGUGUGAUGUGUUGCAGAUAAGGUGAGUGACCCGGUGAUGGCGCUGCAGAUCUCCUGGAUGCAGGAGCUGCCUCAGCUCUACCGGAGAUGCUACCAGAAACCCUUCCCCCUUUCUGAUGGAGAACCAGGCACCUGUGCUACAACCACCGGUGGACAGGCAUCCUUCUCCUCGCUUCUCGGUCGAGCCACUCAGACACUCAGGGACUUCCUGCGGGAGAAGGAAGUGAGGCGUUUCCGGCCGUACGACGUCGAGCACCUGUUGCUCCCCCUCGUCCCUCAGCUGCCCCCCCUGACAGGAAGUGAACAGGCUUCAGCAGCGGGGCCCUCGGUUCCCUCACACACACGCCACCUCCUCAGCGAGACGCUCCGGAUCUUACAGCAGGAGGGAACCCUGUUCCGCCGGGUGCUCUCUCAGGACGAGCUCUACCACGUAACUGAACAGGACAAAGACCUUCUGAUGGCCAUUAGGGACGUGAUCCAACAAGACUCCAAGCGGCAAAAAUACGCGGAGAAGGGCUGCCACAUCCUGCACAUCCUAUCCAGCGUGAGGCGCCGCUACAGCCAGAGCCUGAGUCGCCAGGCCCUGGAGGUCGGCCUUCGCUUCCUGGAGAGCAGCAGUGACAUCAUCAGCACCAGUGACUGCCACUACACCGUCGUCUGACUGCCCCGGCGAUGGAACUUUGACGGCAAAGCUGCAUCCGUUCAGGCCAGGGGCAGAAUUUUUGCGGCAAAGCCAGAGCGGUGAAGAAAGCUGAGACUAUUCCGGCCAAUACCAUGACAAGGCCAAGGCAGUGACAAUCUCUGUGUGUGUGGACGGUUUCCUGUUCGUUUUUUUCUUUACUUACUUUUUGCUCAACCACAGUAAAGUUUUAAACAUGGUGCCAGGUUGCAUUUUUUUAAAGGUAAAUUAGGGAAGAUGGUAAAAAAAAAAGUUUGAGUUUGAUUUCUGUGGAAGUUGUAUAUGCUUAGUUAAAUCAUGCACUUAACAUUUUCAAAUCACAUUCGAAAACGUGAAACUUUUUGUCUUAACUUCAUAAGUGACGUAAUUCAUUCAUUAAUUCAUUAAAACCUGCUAUUUCGUCAUGUUAAAUUGGCCACCGAACCAGUAGGGUGUUCGACCUGCCACGAGGGGGGGACAUUUAUGCAUUGCCUAAUAAAUGUUUCACCGUCUCUGAGGAAUAGCUGUGUC